AGCCCCUUCGGGGUCGUGGACAAAGGUAACGGUGACCCUCAAACCACCGGCCGGGUCAUUCAUGACUUAUCCUGCCCGGUUAACGUGUCUCUCAACGACCACACUGACCGGACCGCGAUCUGUCAGCCGAAAUAUCAACAUUGCGACGCCGUAGCGACAACUAUUGUACAAGAAAAGAAACGCCACCCAGGCGCAGAGGUCAAGGAGCAAGCUGGCGAUGUGUCAUCGGCUUACCGACAUGUGUGUAUCCACAGCCAGUGUGUCCACCUCUUCGGUGUACGUCUCCACCGGGAUGCUGCCCUCAUCAUUGACAUGUCCGCCGCCUUCGGCUGGUCAGGUUCACCGGGUAAUUAUGGUGUCGUGGGCGGU